AUGUAUUUGAUUUUUCGAAGAAUUUUGACUGGAUUGUUUAAGCUAUUGUCAAUUAUUAGAUGUCUCAGAUCAACUAUAGUUCAAUACGUUGCAUUCAACCCCCCAGAAGUAGGUUAUUUAAUACGAAACAGAAAUGAAGUGAUAAAAACACUUACUCUCUCUCCGAUGCAAGAAGAGAGAUCUAGGACUUUGGAUGAGCCACAAUCACCGUUAAUACAAGUCAAACAACCAAUUAGAUAGUCACAUCAAUUAACUAAAGAACAUCUUUCCAUAAUCUCACCAAGAAUAAAAUACUACAACACACUAUAAAGUGCAGAAUAUAAGUAACAAUUAAGAAACCCAAAGAAUUAGCAGUAUGAACAAUAUAAUACAUAAGUUAAUAUCCCUCACAAGAGUUUAAUUUUAUAAGCAAUGAAUUGAAAGCUAUGGAGAUUGAUAAUAAUCCUGGAUUGCCUAUUUCUAGCUAUGUUUUAGAGUCCAAGUCUGGCAAUUUGAUUGCGUCUAUUUAUAUUGAAUUUUAAAACAGCGAAUAGAUUAUUCUCUAUAGUCAUGGCAAUUCUACAGAUAUCGGUUUGAUGUUUGAUACAUAUGUUGAUAUCGUCAUGGAGUGUAAAAUAAACCUAUUCUCCUAUGAUUAUUCAGGAUAUGGAUAAAGCACUGGUUAUCCUACUGAUAUAAACUUACUAUAUGAUAUUGAAUCAGCUUACAUCUUUUUAGUUGAUCAAUUGUAAUUUGAACCAAGGAAUAUAAUAAUAUAUGGAUAUAGUAUAGGAUCUGGACCAAGUACUAACUUAGCCUCAAGACAUAAUGUAGGAGGAUUGAUCAUUCAUUCUGGUUUGUCAAGUGGACUAAGAGUGAUUGACCCUACAAUUGAUCAAACAUCAUAUUAUGAUAUUUUUCCUAAUAUUGAUUACAUAGUUGAUGUGACAGCCCCAGUAUAUUUACUUCAUGGAGGAGCUGACUCUAUGAUUAAUGUUGUUCAUGCUGAAUAAUUGGCUUAAAAUACUAAUCAUUUAUUUUCUGUUUGGCUAGUUGAAAAUGGAGGCCAUGGAGAUAUUGAAUAAUAAUGGAAGGAAUUAUACUUUAAGAGAUUAUAAAGAUUUUUACAAUGUAUAUUUAAAGUUAUUUUAGAUUGUUAAACUGCAUAUGUAACUAAACCACAUUAAAAAUUAAACAAAAGAACAACUGAACAUAUAUAUGAUGAAUGUAACUUUGAAAAAGAAAUCUUUUAAAUAAGUCUACUAGAAAUGUGA